CUCCUUGCCCCUGGAUCCUCACACCCUGGCCCGACAGGAUUAUGGAAGGGUCUGGAGUUACAUAAAUACCCUGUGGAUGAGAAGUGAAAACUCUCAAGAAAAAACACACCAUGUUGCCACCUGCAAUGAGGAGCAGCACCUCUCUUCUCUUAGUUUCUACACUGCUUUUCUUGACCAUUGAGGAUGUUAUCCCAAUUCUGGCAAAGGGUGAAACAAAAGUGCACAUUGUUUACAUGGGAAGAAGGCAGCAUGAUGAUGAUGCAGAAAUCACAACAUCAAUCCACCUCGAAACGCUUGCUUCGAUCCUUGGAAGUCAAGAAGCAGCAGCAGAGUCCAUCAUCUACAGUUACAGACAUGGCUUCUCAGGUUUUGCAGCAAAGUUGACAAAAUCUCAAGCCCAAAAGAUUGCAGAGCUACCCGGUGUGGUUCAUGUCAUCCCGAAUCACUCCUACAAGGUGCACACAACUAGGAGCUGGGAUUACCUCGGCCUCUCUGCGCAUUCUCCUCGAAUGAACCUCCUAGGAGAAACGAAAAUGGGGGAUGGUGUCAUCAUUGGAGUCCUCGACACAGGAAUAUGGCCAGAGAGUGUUUCCUUUAGUGACAAAGGCUUAGGGCCAAUCCCUUCAAAGUGGAAGGGCCAUUGUGAAGCUGGAAAACUUUUCAAUCCAGCCACUACUUGCAACAAGAAGGUAAUUGGGGCAAAGUUCUUCAUCAAAGGUGUGGAAGCUGAGCUGGGAAGGAAGUUAGAAAACGACACCGAAUUCCUGAGCUCUGAGCUAAUGUCCCCGCGGGAUAUGCAAGGUCAUGGCACACACACUUCGAGCACUGCAGCAGGAUCUUUUGCGCCUAAUGCAAGCUACAAAGGGCUCGGGUUUGGGACAGCGAGGGGCGGUGCCCCUCGGGCUAGGAUAGCAAUGUACAAAGUGUGUUGGAAUUUCGGGGACCUGCCAUGUACAUCUGCAGACAUAAUCCAAGCCAUUGAUGAGGCCAUUCAUGACAGAGUUGAUGUUUUAUCACUCUCCCUCGGGUCUGAUACGCCUCAGUUCUCAGACGUUGAUAUUCGCAGUGGAAUUGCAUUUGCAGCAUUCCAGGCCGUUGAACACGGAAUAACAGUCGUCUGUUCGGGGGGAAAUUCAGGCCCGAUUCCUCAAACAAUCACAAACACUCCACCAUGGAUCUUGACAGUUGCAGCUUCCACAACUGAUAGGUCAUUUCCCACCCUCCUCACAUUGGGAAACCAGAAAACCAUAGUAGGAGAAUCUAUGUUUACAGGAAAGAAAACUGGAUUCCAUAGCUUGAUUUACCCAGAAUCCACUGAUCCUGCAACUCACAGUUACUGCAACACUAUAACUGCAAAUAGUACUUGGGUGGCUGGGAAAAUCGUGCUAUGCUUCCACGUGAAAGGCGAAGAAACUGAAUUGACAUUCAACUUAAUAUCAACCCGAGAAGCGGUAGAGGAAGCCGGAGGGAUUGGAGUGAUCAUAGCUAAGAAUCCCACUAGAACCAUGGAUUUUUUCACCUCAGAGUUUCCAGUCAUUAGUGUAAGCUUUGAUAAUGCAAUUCGAAUCCUGAAUUAUAUCAGGUCAUCCAAGAACCCGCGGGCACAGCUCAGUCCUUCAAGAACUCAUGUCGGUAAGCCCAUCACAACACGCAUUGCAUCCUUCUCGUCUCGAGGCCCGAAUUCCUUUGCUCCUGCAAUACUCAAGCCCGAUAUAGCAGCCCCGGGAACAAAUAUUCUUGCAGCUGUUCCACCUCUGAAUACCCCUCCAUAUGCAAUUGAAUCUGGAACUUCCAUGGCAGCUCCCCAUGUUUCUGGAAUUGUUGCAUUGCUCAAAUCAUUACACCCGAAUUGGUCCCCCGCCGCCAUAAAAUCUGCACUUAUCACAACAGCAUGGACUGCAGACCCUCAUUCAGGAGACCCCAUUACUGCAGAAGGAGACACAAACAAACCCGCAGAUCCAUUCGACUAUGGAGGUGGAAUUGUGAAUCCAAAUGCAGCCAAAGAUCCCGGCCUGGUUUUCGACAUGGGAACGUUCGACUACAUUCUGUAUCUCUGUGCCAUGGGCUAUAACUCAACCUCCAUUAAUAACCUCACUGAAAACCCAUCAUCAUGCCCUUCCAAAAAACCUUCACUUCUUGAUAUAAAUCUCCCCUCUGUAACCAUUCCCAGUCUCAGAAACUCAAUCACUGUCACAAGAACUGUCACUAAUGUUGGACCUGUGAACUCCAGAUACAAACCAAUCAUGGAAUCUCCCCCAGGAAUAACCAUAUCAGUAAAGCCUGAAACUUUGGUCUUCAACUCCAUGGCUAAACAGAUCUCUUUCACUGUCACUAUCACCACAAGCCAUAAAUACAACACUGAUUUCUGUUUUGGGAGCUUGACUUGGAGUGAUGGAGUGCAUAGAGUCAGAACCCCCAUAUCUGUUAGAACUGAGUUUCCAGAAAUGAUUUACAGCUAGAUCAGAGACAAAACAACAACCGAUUCUAUGUUGUAUUAGUCAAAUGUACUGGCUGUCUGGUUUCCUGAUAACAUGUUAAUGAUGUUCAGAUUGUUAUCAAUGAAAAGAAGCUCAAUUGGUAUCUAAUAGUGACAA